GCGAUGCAUUAAUUUGUUGUCAUUCUAGCUGUACAUUGGCUAGCAUUGGACAAUGAUUUCAGAUGACAACAAUUAGGUACAUUUUCGGAACAAAUUCCACGUUGCGGAACGCAUCAUAAAUCACUCAUCCAUCUUGGCAGUGAAUGGUAAAGUCAAGUGGUACUGGUCUCGAAAAAUUGAUCAGUUUAAGGGCAGGUUUAAGCAUUAUGUUUUAUUUCUUGUAAUAUUCUUUUCUUAUUUUCAGAGGAAGGUAAAUGAAGAAGAGAAAAUUUAAAAUGUGGUUAACCCGAAUCCUAAUCGCGUAAAUUGUGUUUUGCAACAUCCGGAUUGAUAAGUAAAACGACUCUAUUUCUUGAUUUUCGUUCUUGUUGUCAAUAGUUUAUUUGGAAACGACUUCCCGUUGAGAAAUGACGACUUCCAUUCGCCAGCGUUUUUGCUACCCGAGUUUCGCAGUUUCGCAGGUUAUUUUCUUGAUGGUCUGCUGGGCAAUGUUAUCAACACUUGGUUCUACUUCCGAGCACCUGCUACAAGAAAUGGAAACACUCGAAGAAGAGAUUUUCGCACUUAGCGAACCGGAUCAACUUGGAAAAGUCAUAGAAAGUUUCCUUAUUAAUAGGACGUGUCCCAAACAUUUCUGGAAGGAAAACUUCCCGUGUUGGCAGAUCAACGAUAAAUGUUACUGCGUCAUCAAACAACUUAAAACGUGGGUGACUGCUCUCCAUUUUUGCCGACAGUUUGGAAUGGAAUUGCUAUCGCUCGAGACGGAGGAAGAGGAGAAAAAUCUAGCCAAUUUCUUAAAAUCCCAAAAAUUUCAUAUCGAUGGGGGCACUUCUUUUCAUUGGGCGUUCUUUAUGUCGGGCAAUCGUCUUUACGGCAAGCGAACAACUUGGAUGUGGGCUGGUCUGGGCACUCCCAUGACUCGGAAGGUGGCGUGGAGUAAGGGUGAGCCGUCAAGAACAUUGGGCAAUUCACAUCCAGUGCUACAAGAAGAAUGUUUGGAUUGGAGUUUUAGAAAUCUUGCCCCAGUAACCGGCACCCCUACUUGGAAUGACAUGACCUGUGAUCACAGUCUCCGAAAUUUCAUUUGUGAAUUUCCAAUAACUCCACCAUCGCUCUGAUGCAUUAGUUGGUUACGCAGAACGGUAUUUUUUUUUUUUCCAAUCAAAAGAUGGACAUGGAAAAGCCUUUUACUUCUUUUCUUCUUUUUUGUUGUUUCUGUUUCGUGCCACUAGAUAUUAGAAUGCUGUGAGUGACUGUUGACUUUUGUUUGCGUAUUUUGUUUACUUUGAUCUUGAUUGGCUUCAAUUAAAAUCGCCUAAAAUCCCAAAACUAUUAAUCUAAAAUACAAUUUCUCUCACAGCAAA